AUGGACCGAGUGACCAGAUACCCCAUCUUCAGCAUCCCUCACUCGACUCGCCUGGCUGGCCUGGACCCCGAUGGGGACACGAGCUACACGUUUGAGGUGGUGGAUGUGGCGCCGGCGGCCAGGGGCUGGGGCCAGGACAAGCCACAGGCGUGGCCGGCCGACCGAGAGGCCCGGCUGAAUGCGGCCAGGACUGGGGCGUCCUACAGCCCACGCGCCUUCCCCGGCCGGUCAUCCCCGUGGACACUCUCCUCCCGGGAGGGUGACAAGGAUGAGGAAGCGAAGACCUGCCGCCUGGACGCCGGGGACACCCAGCCUCGGUGGCCACGGGACCUGGAGAAGGAGCGCUGGGCGGUCAUCCAGGGCCAGGCCCUCAGGAAGAACAGCACGGUGGCCACGCUCCAUGGCACCCCUGGCCACCCGGACCCCAGGAGCCCCGGCCAACCUCAGCCUGGGCCCCUGGAGGAGUGCGCCGUGGACAGGGAGCAGAUCGACUUCCUGGCAGCGAAGCAGCAGUUCCUGAGUCUGGAGCAGGCCAAUGAAAGGGGCCCUCUGCACCCUCCGGCUCGGGUGGCCCCUGCCCCUGCCCCACCGGGGCUCAGUCAGGCCCCCAAGGCCUCAAGUGGGCUGCUCCUGCCCAAUGGGUGUGAUGUCCCGCUGAAGCCCCAGGAGAGGGAGGUGCUCCUUCAAGAGAAGAGGGUCUGUGGCCUUCCGGCUGCAUCUGGCGUCCAGGCUGCGGAUGACCCCAGCUCCCGGUCCCAAGUGGGGUCCCCAGAGCUCCCCAGGGAGACCCCCAUCGAGCGGGAGAUCCGGCUGGCCCAGGAGCGGGAAGCGGACCUGCGAGAGCAGAGGGGGCUACAGCGGAAGAACAGCCAGCAGGAGCUGGUGGAGAUACCCAGCAGGCCCCUGCUGACCAAGGUGAGCCUGACCGCGGCCCCACGGCGGGACCGAGGGCGCCCGUCACUCUACGUGCAGCGGGACUUGGCGCAGGAGACGCAGCGCGAGGAGGACCACCGGCGGCGGGAGGGCCCCCAGGCCACACCCAGCGGGCUCUCCCCGGCUCCCCAGUCUGGGCUCAGGAGAGCCCUUAGCUCAGACUCCAUCCUGGACCUGGCCUCGGACAGGGGUACGGCUUGCCCUGCCCCAGAGGUGAGGAAGGUGGGCCGCAUCCCGGCGGAUGCCUACCAGCCGUACCUGUGUCCUGGGAGCCCUCGGCUGGACUUCACAGCCUUCCACGUGCACGGCAAGCCCUGUGGUCUCUCUACGGAUGAGGCCAAGGCUGCGGGCUCUCCAAGGGCCACAGGGUCUCUGAGGCAUCUCUUGGAAUCCUCUGGAAACCCCCCAGGCAUGAAGCCGGAGUGCUCCAAGCCGCCCCAGGGGCGCCUGCAAGCCCACGGAGGUGUCAUUCGGUGGGAUUAUUUCCACCUGAGCCCCCUGCGGUUCAGGGUCCCAGAUGUGCCCCCGCAGGCCGAGGGCCCCCGCGUCCGAGGCUGGGAGGUGGGGGGGACCCUGGCAUCGAGGCUGCAAAGGUCCCAGUCGUCAGAGUUGCUGGAGAGGGAGGUGGAGAGCGUCCUGCAGCGCGAGCAGGAGGUGGCCGAGGAGCGGCGGAAUGCACUGUUCCCUGAGGUUUUCUCCCCGCCACCUACCGAGGACAAUGACGGAAGUGACCAGGACUCCAGGGGCUCCUCUGCGGCCUCAGGCAUCGUGGGCAGCUAUUCGGUGCCCAAGUCCCCCUUCUUCAGCCCCAUCCACCUGCACUCAGGCCUGGUGUGGACGGCGGAGGCCCCUGCCGAGGCUUCUCCUGAGCAGAGGAAAAAGAGGGAGCAGCGGUAUGCUGGCAUCAAGUCCUUAGACCACAUCGACUCAGAGGUCCUGGAAGCCACGCGGGUGACCCACCACAAGAAUGCCAUGGCGAGGCGCUGGGAAGCUGGUAUCUACACCAGUCCCGGCCGCCAGGUCCACCCCAGCCGCCUUGCUUGUCGAGUGGCUGAGGCCACCAGGCCCCUGCGCCGCCCACCCCUCAGCAUCAGCCACGGCAAUCACGUGCCGCACGCGUGA